GGAGGCGCUGUAGUCGCUUCGGUAAAUCCGCUUAUCUGAAGCCGCAGACUAGGUGAUAAUGAAUAGCGGCCUCCAAACCGGAAUUGUAGCUUCCAAAAGGCCGUUUCUGCCGCAGUCAAUGUAAAGCCGCCAUUGUGGGCGCUAAUAGUGACUUGCUGUAUCAGACACUUCAGUCAAGACUCUGCCUCAGCGAAAGUUUGACCCACAGGACAGGUCCCAGCUAUUACCGGGAGGCACUGGCCCUGAAAGGUACUCAGUCCUGCUGCUGGCUCGGGUUUGCCCUGUCUCUGCAGUCACAGACCACAGCAGCCUGAUACCCCUCUGCUGCCAGUCACUGGUCUGUCACCUGCCAGUGUACCCAGUCUGCUAGAGGUGACUGCCGGUUGCUCAGUGCCACCCUAUUGUCCCAGUGUCCCUGGCAGUUCUGUGACAUCUGGACCUGUUGCAUCUCAGCCCCAUCGAUUCUGCUAUAGAAGGAAAGUGUCAUCACCAUAGAAGAACCCUCGCAAGUUCUUCUGAUACCGAAUAGACUGAAGGAAGACGCGCGACAUGACUAGCAACGAGCGGGCUAAGAAGAUCAUGGAAGGAUUCAAACUAAAUUCAAUGAUUCUCCGAGACGGUGAGACCGGGAAGACUAUGUGGCAAGGAGCAGAAGAUUUAUCAUUUCCAGGAGUUGAACAUGAAGCUCGAGUACCCAAGAAAAUCUUAAAAUGUAAGUCUGUGUCCAGAGAGAUCAACUUUGCAUCUGAAGAAGAGAUGGAGAAUUUUAGACUAGAACAGAAAGUCUACUUUAAAGGGCAGUGUUUAGAAGAGUGGUCCUUUGAGUUUGGAUUUGUAAUGCCCAAUUCGGUAAACACCUGGCAGUCUAUGAUAGAAGCAGCACCAGAGUCUCAAAUGAUGCCAGCUAACGUUUUAACUGGUAAUGUCAUCAUAGAAACUAAGUUCUACGAUGCUGAACUUCUUGUCAGUACAUCAAGGGUCAGGCUCUUCUAUGUUUGAAGACUAAGGAGUCCGUUGAUACGUUUUUUUUACCCACCUCCAUUCUCUUUACAUUUUUUCUCUUCUGGGGAAGGAAAAAAAUAUUUGUUGGGUGCUGUGGACUUGAAUGCAGUACAGGACUAUACCCAUGUUUGCAGACAGAGAGGCAUGGACACACCAUGCUGCACACUGCACGUGACCCACAUGGAGCAGAGUUUGUUUUAUUCAGCUAUUCUUUGACUUCUGCGUCCUCCACCACUAUUAGUGAUCGUUCACAGACUGCUAACUUGUAUAUUUUCUUUUCUCAAACUGUUACAUGAUGUAAUAUGAUCAUUUCUCCCGACUAAAGGGUUAGGCCACUGUAAGCUCAAGUACAUCCAAAACCACGACGAAGCCACAGGCUGCACAAUAUAUACCUCUGGCAUUCUCUUGUCCUAAAAUAAGGGUUUCAUUGCACUUAUUGUACCAUUCAUGCUACAUGAUCUGAAAGACUAUGGAGACUGUGGCUGGAAAACUGACAUCUCGUGCUCAGAGCGUGAAAUGUUUCUAAAGCAUUUAUCAUUGGUGAGAGACCUGACCUCAAAGCCUCAUGGUCCUGAAGUGGCUAGAAUGGUGUAUUUAUGCCCAGCCAUUGAUUGGAGCUAUAUGUAUAGAUAUAAUAUUUAGGCAGGGGUAUGUACAGGUAUAUACAUUUAGAACAAAAUGGUUCAUAACGCUUUCAGUAUUAAAACUUGCAUCUAAAAGCCUCAAACCGUUUUUCGAUAAAAUAUGAAACUUGUACCUCUGGUAAUUGAUGUACUAAGGUCUUACAGUGGCAUCCCAUUACCAGGGAAAGUGAGCAUAUUUUACCCUCAGAUUGCGCCAUAUCAGGUCAUGCCCCUUUUUAUAUUGCUUUUGUGCUUUAAUUACUAAAUUAGUCCAUUGGGUUAAGAUAUAAUACUGUCAAAUUCAAUGUGUAGUUUAAAUAGACAUAUUUUAAGUUAUUCUACUUUAUUUAUUAUAUAUACACGGCCCCUAUUACCACGAAAAUGUCCAUUCAUCUCAUCAGUAGGGGUUAUGGAACUAGAAUGCAUUAUCUGAAAGUCUGAAUAAAGACAUAGCUUUUAAAAACUCAUCUUGAAUAAACAUGAGCAUGGUCUCACUGGGGUAAUUAGUAAAAUGGAGCUUCUAUGGUCAUUUAGCAUACCAAUAUAUUCACAAGUGCAGAAAUUUCUGCAUCUCGGAAGGUUCCAUUGAUCUGAAUGGGGCUUUGUUGGGACAAGCGCAUGGAUUUCGGCAAGCAUCAUUCAAUUGAAUGGGACGGUUAAAAAUAAGUUCAGCAA